AACUGGCUGGGCCGGCGGGAGGAGUGCGGCGGCGGCGGCGGCGGCGGCGCGCGCGGCUGCGGCAGCGGCCGGCGCUCAGUCGGGGCUCAGAGCCGCGCUCGCCAUGAUGGUCGUGUCGGACGCGCACGCGCACACGCCCUGGCGGCUGCUGCCCGCGGCCGCGCGCCCCGGACACCGCGGCCUGCGCCGCCGCGCCGACGCCGCCGUCGACGCCGACGCCGAAGGCGACGACUGCGCCGUCAGAGUGAACGUGGUGGAGGCGCUGCAGGAGUUCUGGCAGAUGAAGCAGGCGCGCGGCGCCGACCUGCGCAACGGCGCGCUCGUCAUCUACGAGUCGGUGCCCGCCUCCAGCCCGCCCUACGUCUGCUACGUCACGCUGCCCGGCGGAUCCUGCUUCGGAAGCUUCCAGAACUGCCCGACGAAGGCGGAGGCGCGGCGCAGCGCGGCCAAGAUCGCGCUCAUGAACUCCGUGUUCAACGAGCACCCGUCGCGCCGCAUCUCCGACGACUUCAUCGAGAAGGCGGUCGCGGAGGCACGCGCCUCCUUCAAGGGUGACCCAGAGGAGGCGGACAACCCCAACACUGGCAUCGGCGCCUUCCGGUUCAUGCUGGAGACGAACAAGGGGCGCACAAUGCUGGAGUUCCAGGAGCUGAUGACAGUGUUCCAGCUGCUGCACUGGAACGGCUCGCUGAAGGCGAUGCGCGAGCGGCAGUGCUCGCGGCAGGAGGUGGUGGCGCACUACUCGAACCGCGCGCUGGACGACGACAUGCGCUCGCAGAUGGCGCUGGACUGGAUCGCGCGCGAGCAGGAGAACGCGGGCGCGCUGAGCCGCGAGCUGCGGCAGGCCGAGCGCGAGCUGGACGCGGCGCGCCUCGCCGGCCGCGAGCUGCGCUUCCCCAAGGAGAAGAAGGACAUCCUGAUGCUGGCGCACUCGCAGGCCGGCACCGGCUCGCUGCACAGCUAGGCCGGCCGCCGCCCCCACCCCGCCCUGCACUGCCGCCGCGUCGCCUGCGCACCUCCCGCCCUCGACACAGUACCUUCUUCCGAAACAAUCGAGUGCUCUUCAAUACUUAUGUAGUGGCUCCAUUCUUUAGUUUUUGGAUCUCAUCUUCAUAUCCUCUGGCUACGAUUGUUUGGAUGACCUAUCCUUCUCCUCUGACUACCAUACCUAACUCACUGAAUGCCCUCUUCAUGUUCUCUAGCUACCAUACUUAAACCAUUGUUUGUAUAUCCUUUCCGUAAGCUCUGGACACCAUACCUAAAUCAUGUUUGGAUGCUUGUAUCCUCUGGCUAUCGUACCAAAAUCGUUGUCUGCAUGCCUCCCCAUACACUCCCCAUAACUCAUACUUUGGAUAUCCUCUCCAUAUCCUCUGGCUACCCAUACCUCGUUGUUUGUAUGUCCUCUCCAUAUCCUCUGCCUGCCAUACAUAACUCAUUGUUCGUACGUCCACUCCAUAUCCUCUGACUUUUGGAUGUCCUCUCUGUAUCUCCGGGCUACCACACCUAACCCUUCGUCUUAACGUCCGUAUUGUCUGGCUACCAUACCUAACUCAUUUUUUGUAUGUCCUCUCCAUACCUAACUCAUUUUUUGUAUGUCCUCUCCACGCCCUCUGCCUGCCAUACUUCACUCAUCGUUUGGAUGUGCACUCCAUAUUCACUUCCUAACAUACCUAAUGUGACGCUUCCACGGACCGGUCUUCAUUGCCACCUCAUUACACACUACGGGCUCAACGAACCACAUCAAGAAAGACAAUCACCACCGUCAGUAUCACUUUUUAUGCUUAUUCGGAUUACUGGUUCACUCUUUCUUACAUGCCACUGUAAGAUUCGUAUCUAAUUGAUGCGCAUUACAGCUCCUCAGAAAGGCAAGCAUUGUGUUACCAAAAAAAAAAAAAAAAAAAAAAAAAAAAAAAAAAAAAAAAAAAAAAAAAACAAGAGGAAAGGAAAGGAAUAAACAUAAGAAAUGAUCCGGACAAAGUUCGUCUUUCUUCAUUGUUUGAAAGUGGUUAUGGUGCCAUCAUAUAUCAUGCCUAGGAUUAUUUUCAACCAGUAUAAAACAGUGGACUCUGCACCGCAGCCUCUUAUGACGUGGCGAAGUCAACGUUCACGUUUCUAAUUUAAGUUUCGCAAGUGUCGUGUAACUUGACUCAUAUGCUGUUUAUAAGACUCUGGGUGUAGCUCAAGCAACUAAACUGUCCGCCUGGUGAUGAGAACAGUAUGGUGCUGUGCUCUUUUUUUCAACAGUUGAGAUGACCUAUUGACACAUAAAUAACAAAUAAAAUAUGUCCACAAAUAUAGCUUUUUACAGUUUACACUAUUAUUACACAAGAAUACAGCUUCUUAUUUUACGCAACCUAGGUUUAAAGUUACAUGCCAAUUUCCUAUUGUACUGUUUCUUAGAUGUCAUUCGUAUCUUCUGAUGUGUUGUGGAAUAAAGAAUCUAUAGCAACCAUAGAAAUUAAGAGACCAAGCGAUGUACAUGGAGAUUUCACACCAUUGAAAUCGACCUGUCAAUGUCUCAAAUCGUCGUUUUAAUUUUUCUGAUGUACACUGUAAGUCAUCUAUAUACCACUUACUUUCUCUUGUUGUUAUAGACUAUUUUGCUUCAUAAUAUAUCAGAACACACGAAUAACAACUAUCAAAUAUGAACACUUAAAUGGAGUUCCAACCCAAAAUCUGCAGCGUGUAAAAUACAAAGUCGUAAAGCACACAUAAAAUAUAUGUUGCCUUGUAUAAUAAUUACUGUAUUGGACUAAGAAUCAGUGGUAAGGUUAACAGAACUGAAUCAUUUCAUUCUCCACUGUGAGAAUGGAUUGCAUAAAAAUAAUGAACAUAAAUACUGUGGGAAUAUUGCACCUCAGAUAGUUCCGCAAUACACUGUUUUACUUCCAGGCAGAUAAUUUGUUUGACCGAACUGUGCAUCCUCGUCACAAGAAAUGUAUAUAGGAUGUAUUUUUCUUGAAAUGGAGGUGCGUCCAUCCUGUUGAGGACCAUAAGCAUCCAAACGCAGUCCACUACGAAUACAUGUGUUGUCAUUCCAAAGGCACAGUUUAUUGGAUGGGGCCACCAUUCUUGAAAUCUGAUACCACUCGCAUCACAUUCAGAUACUCCUGACGGAAUUGUAGUCGUGUCAGUCUUUUAUCAGUGAAAGCGAAGAUUCCUCUGGUUCUGGGAGAGAGAUGUAUUCCGUAUUAGAUAAUAAUCUAUCCACUGAAAAACUGACAUUAAUGCGUGUUAUACAAUACUAUGCUAUUUAGUAGCACAGUUUCGUAUUCAGCAAACAAGAACUUAGUGUUGUCCUUCUGCUUGCAGUGACUUGGCUAAAUAUCAAAACUUGCAUGCAACAUUUGUAACGAGACGACAGGAGAGAGUUGCAUUUUAUUCUUAAUCUGGACAUCUUUGUGUAAGGAGCCAUGACAGAAACGAAAAAAUUACCUGAAGAGCUAGAUAUUUCAGAUACUCAAUCUCUCAGUUAUUUUGUAGCCUGUUCAGGGUGAAAAAUAAUAUUGUGUUCUCCACAAUUAGUAACAAGAAAUGAUCCGUCGGAGUUAGAGCGCAUAAGAAGAGAUUUUCAUUCCAUUUUAAGUUCUUUCAGACUGUUGUUCCUACUAUUCUAGGAAUUUACAGCAAUAUCUGCCGUUCGAAAUUCAUUAUUCCGCCUUACUUCUAGCACCUCAGCAAGCAUAAAUUUGUUUUCUCUUUAGGUGUCGUAUCAGAAAAUACAGUUAAAAGGCCUUCUCAUUAUGUAUCUCGUCUGGUCUGCAAACUCCUUAUAAGGAUGAAGAAGAGUGCACAUUGUAAAAUGAAGAAGAAAGUGCUGACCGAAUUGCGAGACCAACCACGAUAUUUACGAACGGAUGUGAUUGGGCUGCAGUAAUAUUUAUUCGCUGGGGAAUGGAAGUAAGGGGCAGCCUUCUGCUAAAGCUCGUGUCCGGCGGCAGUGCAGUGACGAAACUAAGGCACCUCCUGCCAUCUGCCGAUAUGCCUAACUUCACAGGAUCAUCGUGUGGUGCAAUACACGCUUAACAAAACUAAAAAGGUUAAUGAAUUAUUUUGUACUUAUUAAUGAUCUCAUUCAGUUUAUGAUUGAUUCUUUUUUGUAAUUAAAUUUGUCGAUUGCUUCGUUAAGGAAAAGAAAUAUUUCUGAUGUCUUUCUGGUCGCUUAAAAAUUAACCUGAAAUAUGAUGCCUUAAAGGGGGGUCGAAUACUGUACUUUGCGCAGAAACUUUGACUUCAGCCGUUCGUGGUGUACAGUGUAGACUGUUCAGCUCGCUUGUUCAGUGGACAUCGAUGACGAGGAAUUGGUAUCACCAUCAGCCGUUUCUCUACUCUUUGACAGUCACGACACGAGAUGCCGAUGUGUUGUUCACCGUCAGUGUUCAUGCUUGCUUCAGUUUUCCAUGAGUCGGAGAAGCUUGUAUCGUUGACGAAAUAGGUAUUAUGCACGUUUUUGUCCCAGUAAUUUAAAAUCUUCGCCUCGGCCUACAAAGUGCAAGGGGAAUUUCACAGCAUAACAUUGUUGCCUUACAGAUACGAGAGGGAGCUGCAUAAACCAUCAACAUAUUUGAUUUUGAGAUCAAGUCAAGGCUCUAUCACACCAGAAAGUGACCGAAUGCUCAUCGCACUUUCCCGUAAACAUGGCGCGUCGUACAACUGGAUGCGGUGAACAUUUCAUGCCUGUGGAUGACGGACUGUCCAGUAUGAGGCAUAAUUCAGUCACUCUCAAAGUCAGAUAAACUUCCGACUCGAGAGUCGGGUGAUAUAUUUACAUCAGAUGAUAUAUUUACUUCAUAAUAAUCGAAAUCUAUCUCAUUACGAAAUCUUCAGUCAAUAAUGAGGAAGUAGGGAGAACUCUGGCAUCGGUCGUCAACUGCAAGGGAAUGAGAAUGUAUAUUCUUUAAGUUGUCGCAGGUGAUAUUAUAAAAUUUCUGUAGUUUGCAGAAUGUUUUUAAAAGGGGAAGAAAUGAUUACAACAAAAGACGAGCAGGUGUCAUUUAACAUACACAGAAAUAAGGCUAAGAUAAGUCGUGUUGUGCAGGAAUUCACUAAGAAAAUAGAAA